AUGGCUCCUGGUUUCCACUUCUCCUGGUUCCUGGUCGCCUGGUUGGUGGUAGCUGUGGCAGAAGGACAAGAUGUAGUCACCCCUCCUGGCGGCUCCCAAAAUAACAUGAACCCUACAGACUGCCAGAUCAUCACACUCACCCCUCCGCCCACCACGCCCACCACGCCCACCAUGAGGGCCCAGCCCGUCACAAGGACACCCACAGUUUAUUUUCCGCCGCUGCCGCCGAGGAGGCCCGGCUUCUACCCGAGGUUCCCUAACACACCUCUCUUCCUUCCAAACAACGGUCGCUUCCAGUUCUGGCCUCUCUACCUGCCGCCUCGAGGGAGACUGAUUCCUUGGAGAGUCUUCCUUGGAAGAAGGCUCCAGAGCAGAAGCUCGUCUGAGGAGAGCACAGAGAAAUGAGAAGGCCAAAGGUGCUGAGGCCAAAGAAUCCACACCUCUGGAAAAGAAGAAUUUGGAUUACAAAAUCUGGCAGUAACGGCUUCAGUCUUAUCCCACAUGAUAUUAGUGCAAAUAAAGGCUUUAAGUGGGCUGUUCUAAUAAUUUCUAUCCGUACUUAGACACCAUCAGUAUUAAUUAAUCCCCACUUCCAAAUUAGAGUGAAGGACAUUUUAACCAUUAUGAGCCAAAUGCAGCCAUUAAUGACUCUCUUUUCAUACUCAAUGGGAAUCUUAGAGAGCAGAUGGAUCUACAAAGAACUUUAAAAGAAACUAUAAAGAUUAAAGAAAAAGGCUGUCUAGAGAAACUGCUCUAGGUAGUUCUCUAAUUUUACUCAGAACUAUCCAACUCAAAAUAUUUUAACUGUCAGAUCCUAACUUUUAAUAUUACCAUUUGGUCAUACUAAUUAGACAAAUGUGUCACUGUUUCUCCUGUGAUUGUCACAUAGACACAUACUUCUCUUCAAGCCUUCAACAUGGUUCCAAUCAAAAACUGGGCUUUAAAAUUACCCGGACAUUAGUUGGCUGCAGCUCAACUGAGGGGACCUUGUGCUGUUGGGGGAGUAAGAAACAAGGCCUGGUCUGAUGGCCUCUCUAGCAAACCCUGUCUCUUGCUUGUGCCUCUCCCUUUGCCGUGACGUGGGAACCUGGCUCCUGUGCAUGUGGACAGUGACGUCUACUCGUUCUCAAGAACUAUGUGCAAAUGCCGCUGCUGUAGCUGCGACGAAGAAAGAAAGAAAAAUUGGAAAACCACAAAAGCAUGAGAAUUCUGGGGAUGGACACCCAGGAAAAGAAGACAGAUCAUCAGGCCAGCAUGCUUCUUUCCCGUGUCAAAUGGUAAUGGGGAAAAAAUUAAGCCAUGGUAGCCAGCACUGUAAGAACGAAUACUUCCUUUAAGUUUAGAGGCUUACGUUAAAGCCUAUUUGAAUCCUGAGACUAUACUCUGAAGUGAACUUCACAUGCUCUCUGUUUGUUUGGGGGAAGGAAAACCAAACCAGAAAAGGACCACCCUUGGGCAAGCAGGAAGAAAGAUGAAGUUUGGGAUUUUAAUCUCGUGUCUCCCUGGUACACCUGUAUGCUUGGCUGUCCCUCAGAACCUCACGGUCUCAAACCAACCCUAGGUUUGAUUGGGGAAAAUUUUUUCCCAAACAUUACAACUUUUGCUAUUUAAAAAUAAUUAAUAGUUCUGAGCCUAUGCAAAAUACCCUAGUAGGUCACAAGCUUGGUGACUUAAGUUUGAACCCAGAGAACCGGCCACACAGCUGUCUUCCGACCUCCACACUUACAACGGCACAUGUGCCCCACCCUCCACCAUGGACACCUCUCACACACAAUAGUAAAUAUAAACACAAGUUUAUAAUUUAAGUCUAGCCCCUUGCAAGGCUGUGUUAGGUGGUGUGUAAACCUCAGAUUACAUAGUAAGGAAGAAUGGCAGGUUUGGUGUAUCAAUCACUGUCUAUUGCUGAAAGCUAACUGAUUCAUCCGGGUUUUACAGGAACCUCUUAGGUAACUUGAGAUACCACCACCCCACUCCCUGUAAUGGGUAAAGACGCCUCUAUGCUAAGCAGCAGCACACACCUGCAAUAAAAACAUUGAGCUUUUGUGACUUAAACACAUUCCCUUCAUUCCUCUGACUUCACGAAUUUUGCUUCUAACAUAUGAUGACUCCUGGAAAGUGCAUUGCGUUGGGGUGUCGCCAGCCACCAAUGCCUCCGGGCAACCAGCUUCUCCGCAGCACUCCGGCACUCUGCUACUCCGCUGUGCAUGCCUUUUAACCUGUUGCUGGUUUUGAAGCAAAAGGGUCUUUCAGAGGGAUGAGAUCAUUCUUUAAUGUAUUUUAGGCUUUGAGGUGUGAAUAACCAGGUAAGUCUAAAGUUCUAAUUAUGUCCCAUACAGAUAAGCUCAAUUUGAUCCUACAACAAACUCAAAAUAAGGGAUGUUCUCAAAAUUAACAUCUUCAAAAGUGCUGAGAAGGUUAAUGAUGAAUGUGCUGUGCCAGUUAGUGUAGUGUGUGACGCCCGGCAGACCCUG